AUGGAAAUAUCAAGUUGUCUGAAAGUUUUGGAAGAUAAAAUGAAGUCUAUAGAUGAUUUGGUUGAUGAGCAAGAUGACAUACAGCAGUAUAUUCGUCGCGACUGUGUGGAGAUUACCGGCGUCCCAAUGCUGCCUGAUGAUAAGCCGAAGGAAAUUGUAAAGGAAAUUGGCCAGCUCAUGGGAAUUGAGAUCGCAGAUCAUCAAAUUUCUACCGCACACCGCCUUCCCCCAACUCGUAAGGUAAAGGACAAACUUAUUGUUAAGUUUGUGCAUCGGGAUACUAAAGACUUGUUCUAUAAAAAACGAAGUAAAUUGGUUGGCAAGAAGUCAAAUGAUUUGCCACUGGUUAAGCGUGAGUACGAAAAUAACAAUCGUGAAUUUAAUAAUAUUUAUGUAAACGAAUCACUAACUGCACGUAGGCGAAAACUGUUUGGACGUAUAAAUGAGUUCAAGCGAUCAGAGAGAUGGAAGCAUAUCUGGACUAUAAAUGGAAAAAUUAUGUUACGGGAAGAGGAUGCUUCUCGUGUUUUUAGUUUUGUACAUGCCAGGGACUUCGAUGCUUUCUUGAACGAAUCUUUUUAA